CGCCCUCAGUGCUCUGGGCUGAGAUGGACCUGAGUCCUCCCAGUUCCUCUGUCCAGGGGCUGAACCUGUCAGACCCCACUGGUGGCCAGUGCCUGUGCUGGGCCUCUCCACUUGUUUUCUAGCAGUAGGGACAGAAAGGGAGGGGCCUGGUGGAAAGCAGAGCCGGGCUGGCAGUCCCUGGGGUCACCAUCCAUCAGCACGAGGUGGCGACGUCGCUCUCCCAGAGACAGGCACCCAUCGCCCAGGCUCGCAGCCUGUCCGCUGGCGCUUGGAGAAACACCUUUGCUGCCUGCAGAGGGAUGGGUGAGGUGGCCAGGAGCGAGUGUCUGUGGUGGCACUGGUCCCAUGGGUGCUGGGCUGCCCCUGCACACCCCCAAUACUCACUGUCCACCGUCUCUUGUUAGAGCCCCGUUCUUCCUCUGCUUCCCGAGCGCUCCCGCAGCUCCGCCCGGCUGCCGGGGUGUGUUGUGCUGAGCUCACGGAAACGCGGCGCUAGAGGAGCCCCAGGGCUGAGCUGCUCGGCGUGGGGGGCACCCCAUCACCCCGUUAUUGUGAACUGGCGGCCCCAGGUAGUCCUGCUCCGGGCAGUGCCUGCCUUUAGCCCGGGUGCAACAGGGAGAGCCAACUUGAGGUGGCUGUGAUGUCCUGCCUGUGUGAUUCCCCAGCUCCUGGGCUGGGGGCUCAGCUCUUGCAGACCCCUGCAGGGUCCCGGGUGCUCCCAGCACGGCACCAUCCCGGAGAGGCAGGGAGAAUAGCUCGAGUGCUGGCAGCGGGGCUGAGGUUACCCCAGCAAGGGCUGCAGGCACUGGGGAGGGAGGAAGCCGUGUUGGGCAAUGUGCAGGGGCUGGGCGUGCUCUGCAGCAGCCCUGGGUGCUGCUGGCACUCUUGGACAUGCCAGAAGCUUCGGCGGGGAGGACUGCAGCUUGGCAAGGUCCUGGGGCGUGUAACGCGUCUCCUGCCUCGUUUGGCAAUUCCGUUUGAGUGCUCCUUGCUGCUGCGCGGCUCCCUCGGUGCAGCCUCCUGCUGAUCAGCCCCCGAGUGCCGAGCGUGGCUGUUGUCGGACAAAGCUGGGAUCAGGGAGGCCCUGAGCACGAGGGGAGAUGAUAUUUGGAGGAUCAGCAAGCUAAUGCAGAGAGCGAAAUGACUGAGAGAGCCCGUGGUGUGCUGUACCUUGCUGUGUGCUUGCCGAGGCUGGGGGAUCCAGGGGUGGUGUGGGGAAGGACCCUGAUGUUGGGAGGGCUGUUGGUGGAGGAGGACACAGCCCCCGAUGCUGCCACGGGGCAUAUGGGGGCACGUGGAACAGUUUCACAGCCCCCUGCUGUCCUUGUGGUCACCAGUCACCUGAAGGAUCCCAGGUUUGGAUGGAGAUGCUGAGCGUGGCCCAAACCCUCCGUGGCAGAACCCAGAGAGCAGAACCCAGGACCUCGGUGUCUUCCAGAACAUUCCCCAGAAGGGCCGAUGCAGGCAGGACAGGCUGGGCUCCAGCCAGGGGACACGUGGAGCAGGGCACACAAGGUGCGCGGCGGGUGCAGGUACCGCGGGGACGCGCGUGGCAGGAACCAGCUGGCAAAAACCUGCGUGGUAGCAGCUUCCGAUGGCAGCAGCAGCCCCGACUAACGGCUUCUCGCGGCUGGUGGCCCGAAAAACCCCUGCCUUUGGAGCUCCCCAGCUCCGGGGGUGCUCGGGGGCGGCUCCGGGGGCGGCUGCGGAGGGGUCGGGGCGGGGUUUGCGGGUUAGGGCCGCGCCCGGCCCCGCUCCCGGCCAUGGCCCCGCGGAGCGGCUGCCGGAUGCCCCCCUUCCAGUGGUGCAGCGGGUGCUCCUGCAGUCUGGGGCUGAUUGAUCCCAGUAAACCCUGCACGAUGCCUCCCAUCACGUUCCAGGACCUGCCACUGAACAUCUACAUGGUCAUUUUUGGCACCGGCAUCUUUGUCUUUGUGCUCAGCCUCAUCUUCUGCUGCUACUUCAUCAGCAAACUGCGGCACCAGGCGCAGAGCGAGCGGUUCGGGUACAAGGAGGUGGUGCUGAAAGGUGAUGCCCGGAGGCUGAACAUGCACGGGCAAACCUGUGCCGUCUGCCUGGAAGAUUUCAAGGUGAAGGAGGAGCUGGGGGUGCUGCCGUGCCAGCACGCCUUCCACAGGAAGUGCCUGGUGAAGUGGCUGGAGGUGCGUUGUGUCUGCCCCAUGUGCAACAAACCCAUGGCCGGGCCCUCCCCGCCCCGCAUCGGGACUUUACUGGAUGAACUGGUUUGAGCGGCUCCCUCUCCUGCCUGGGUCCCUCACCCCCCCCAAGGACUGUGGGUCCCCCCCGGGGAACGGGGGGGAUGGAUCCCCAAGGAUUCGGCGUUUCCCAGCUGGGAGUUUGAACUCGUUGCUCUGUCCUGGGGGGACUCGCUCGGUUUGUUCUGUUCUUGUGACGGGCUUGGCAGGGACCGGGUCGGAGCCGCGACCCCCGGGGGGGGAUCCCUAUGGAAAUCUGACACCCCCCCCCCCUUUGCAGAGAGUAUUUUUGUACCUGACCCCCCCACCCCCCGGCGCGAAGGGUUUGGUGUAAAAUGAGGAUUAAAGGGACGAUUUCUCA